AUGAGACGGUUUCUGUGCGUGCUCAUGUUCAUCUGCUUGGCCCAACUCUGUCUCGUGCAGGUAGCGAACGCCGCGCCCGGGAUGGCAAUGACGAGGAUUCAGGAAGUGUUCCGCUCGUUAGGCGCGAACAAAGAAGGGCGCCCCAAGAAGUAUUUCUUGGAGCCGAUCUAUGGUGUUGAAGAUGCCGGAUGUCGCUUCCACGUCUCAAAGAUGUCGGGGAAAAAGAAGAAAGCCGCUAAAAGCGUGUCCCCUGUCGAAGAAGAGGUCGGCAGCCAAUGGGAGUGUUCGGUUUGUACAUACAUCAAUCGGUUCGAAGCGUUCAAGUGUGAAAUGUGUGAUACUAGAAAAGGCACCUCAACGCGGAAGCCUCGCUUAAAUGAAAAUGUCGUGGAGACGCAAAAAGUUGUAGAGAAUUUUAUUAUACAGCAGCAACAUAUCCCGAAGAUUGCCAAGCGCAAGCUAAGCGAUGUCGCUGGCACGGACCAACCGGGAUGUUCUAGACUUCCGCCAUUACCAGAAGUGCCUGAGCUACAUUUUCCAAUGCUGGAUACUGCAUUGGACCCGCCUCUUCCGAAGCGAAAACAUAUCCCGUUACCGGAUCAUUUAAUUGACAGGAAUAAGUUUAUUCAGGUGGAAGUGGUCGUGAACAACGUUAAAGCCCUCAUUACCGAAUUCCGCCCAAGGAACCCUCCGCCGUUAAGCUGGUUCCAAAGCGACAACCCACCACCUGAUCCAGCCCAA